UGUGGCCCUGUCUGCAGACUGCAGCUGAGACCUUCCACCAUGAAGCUCUUCUCCUGCCUUAUGGCUCUUCUCCUUUUGCUCCUCCAAGCCGUCCCAGGUCUCAGCUUGCCCAGAGACACCUUACAUUGUCUUGGAUACCAUGGUUACUGCUUCCACUCCAAAUCCUGCCCAGAGCCAUUUGCUGCCUUUGGAACCUGCUCUCGCCGUCAGAAAACCUGCUGCAUAGACACAACCUCAAACUUCCACACCUGUCAAGACGAGGGGGGGCAUUGCGUACCUCCAGCAAUCAACUGUCUGGAAGAACAAGAGGGACUUUGUGCUCACAGGAAAUGGAAGUGCUGUGCACAAGUGUAGCACAGACCUGGGGAAGCUGCAGAAAACCACAGAAAUGCAGAGAAAAUAAAGCAAAUUUCCCCCCAGCCUUGUAG